AUGAAACGCCUGCAUGGAAAUUAUGCUUUGCCAGGAAUGGCAAUUCUAUCUGCAUGGUUAGAAGUUGUAAGUGGGCUGGGCCAGGGUUACUCUUACUCCCGAACAAAAGAGAUUAAUGGUGGUGGCUAUACUAGUGAAUCAACGAUGCAUCGUGGGACUGACUUCUGUUUCUGGGUCGGCAGCAACAUCAUCAUCCACUCGAACUCGAGGAUCUUCGAGAUCGGGCAAUGUCCAAUAUCGGCUCCUAAAUUCUUCAAUAAUACGGUCUUCUACAUUCCUUAUGCAUUCAAACCUCUUGUGCCUUCAAACCUUGACAAUGAAUUUGAAUGCUUCAUUACAAAACUUGAACGAAAGAUCGUAUUCUUGUUUAACAUGAACAACUCUUCUUCGAAUGGUGAGAGAUAG